UGAUUUUAUGAUUAUUCCCCUCUUUUUUUGGAAAAGAAUAAAAGUCACGUGAUUGGCACUUUGGAGCGAAUCAUUUUUCGGAUAAAGUGCGUUUCAUCUUGGAAGAAUGUGGGCUAAAAAAAGGACACAGCGGCAUCGAGUUGAUUAAAUCAAUGUCAAGGAUUUAAUCGAGAGGAACAUACGUCCAUCCAAUGGAAGUGGAUGCGUUGGAAUGGAACAAUUUCAAACAUUCGUUGCGGUUCGUGACUGGACACUCGGCCGAUGCAAUCAUCAAUCAAACAUUUCCGAUUCAACCUGAAACAAGCACAGCAUCAGCCAUGAAUUACAGUUUAAUUGAAACGGUGCUCAUCAGCGCCGCCCUGCUGGCCAUCAUUGUCGGUACCGUCGUCGGCAAUGUUCUCGUCUGCAUCGCCGUCUGCCUAGUCCGACGCUUACGUCGUCCGUGCAAUUACCUGCUAGUGUCGCUGGCCGUUUCGGACCUCUGCGUGGCUCUUUUGGUAAUGCCCAUGGCUUUGGUUUACGAAGUGCUGGGCACGUGGCCGUUCGGCGCCCGGGUCUGCGACACUUGGGUCGCCUUCGACGUCCUCUCGUGCACGGCGUCCAUCCUCAACUUGUGCAUGAUCAGCGUCGAUCGCUACUGGGCCAUCACCCGGCCGUUGGACUACGGCGUGAAAAGGACGCCGGCCCGGAUGAUCUUCUGCGUCGCCCUCGUCUGGAUCUCUUCGGCCUGCAUCUCUUUGCCGCCGCUUCUCGUCCUGGGCAACGAGCACGGGCCCAUCUCCACCAACAACAGCCAUCCUCAGCUGCUGGACGGAGAUGCAUUCGGACAAGACAUGCAAUGUCAAGUGUGUCAAGAAUUUGGCUAUCAAAUCUACGCGACGUUGGGAUCGUUUUACAUCCCGUUGGCCGUCAUGGCCGCCGUCUACUAUCAGAUAUUCCAGGCAGCCAAACGCAUCGUGGACGAAGAGAAGAAAGCGCAAAGCCAUUUGCUGAUGACACGGACCAAUAGCUGCUCGAAACAAAAGACAGUCGAGCAGCAAAUGAAAUCAAAGACUAGUCAAUCGAUCCCAGUUCAAUCGUCUCUACAGGUUCAUCCGAACGCGUUGAACCUGUGCAAUAGCGCGGCCCUGAUUGUGGUACGUCGUCAUAGCGACAGACGCAAUUCCUCCAUCGACAGCAGCGACCACAACUGGACGGCCAAUCAUUACAGCAACAAUCGUCCAACCACCUGGCCGUUAGACCACGGCAUCUCUUUGUCGUCGACGUCAUCAUCGGCCUCUUUAAUGACGACAUUAAAAAACGAAACCAAGGAACGAGACGAGGCGUUGCUGGACAUUCCCCGCAGUUGCUCGAGGCGUCGUUAUUCGUCGUCUGCUGCCAGCACGGCCGAAAUGCACGUCGACGACGAUGCAGCACAGGACAUCCACAGAUUAGAGUCGACGGCCGUUAAUCCAUCCGCAAGAGCAGCUUCCGGUCAGCUGUUGACACCUGCUGGGAGUCAUGCACCGGCUCUGGUGCCACCCAGUGUCCAGCUGAUUGCACCUAAUCCACCGCUUCUUCAUCAGCAGAAUCAAUUGCAUCGGAGAGGAAGUAAAAGCCGAUUACGAUUCGCGCUCAACAAAGAACGCAAGGCAUCGACGACGUUGGGAAUUAUAAUGAGCGCCUUCACGUUGUGCUGGUUCCCUUUCUUCGUGCUGGCCUUGGUCCGUCCGUUCAUGAGCCACCAAACGGCCUCUAUGGUCAUUCCACAAUGGCUUUCUUCGCUCUUCUUGUGGCUGGGCUACGCCAAUAGUUUCCUCAAUCCAGUCAUUUACGCGACGACCAACAAAGACUUCCGACUGCCCUUCCGCGAGAUCCUCUGCCUGCGAUGCAAGUCACUCAACAGCGUCAUGAGGGAGGAUUUCUACCAGUCGCAGUACGGCAAUGAGGCCAACAAAACGGCACUUGCCCUGGCCGGUGGCGCCAGCCAGUUGUCUGCCACCGCCUUUCUCUAAUAAUCCCGUCACAGCCUCCCCCCCUAAAUAUUUCCUGUCAUUCUAUGGUGUAAAUCGAUAAUCGAUUCGUUUCUCUUUUUUUUUUUUGUUAUUUCUAGUCCAAUGCUCUCUCGGUGUAUGGAUGGCACCUGUCCUCCCUCGACCCUAAUGUAAAUGUGAAAUCUUUUUGUUCGCGAUCCUCGUUGAUAUAACACGCACUUUGUCGUACACAUUGGAAUCUGUUGAUAGAUGGCACUGUAACUCGUGACUGAUUUUAAUGUCAUCACAUUUCGUUUGAUUUGAUUGUUGUUGUUUCACGCCACAAUGUUGUGUAUUCUCGUUUUAUCCACCAGUGACAAUUUGACGUGUUUAUGCCAAUUUUA